CGCCGCCACACGGCCCCCAUGGCCCCCAGCGCACCGCCGCCCUGCCGCGCCGGGGAGCGCGCCGCCCGCUGCAGGCGGCCCUGGAGGCUCCUGGCCCUGGGCCUGCUCUCCGCCUCCUCCGUGCUGGCGGCCGCCCCGGGCGCCGGGGCUAUGAGCAGGGAGGAGAAGCGCCGGCUGGGAAAUCAAGUGCUUGAAAUGUUUGAUCAUGCAUAUAGCAAUUAUAUGGAACACGCGUAUCCCGCUGAUGAACUCAUGCCUUUAACGUGUCGCGGUCGAGUCCGGGGUCAGGAACCGAGUCGAGGGGACGUGGAUGAUGCCUUGGGAAAGUUUUCACUGACCUUGAUUGAUACCUUGGACACUCUUGUGGUGUUAAAUAAAACCAAAGAGUUUGAAGAGGCUGUAAAAAAAGUAAUAACGGAUGUUAAUUUAGAUAAUGACAUCGUUGUGUCUGUCUUUGAAACCAACAUAAGAGUCCUUGGAGGUCUCCUAGGUGGGCAUUCAGUGGCAAUUAUGCUGAAAGAAAAAGGUGAAUAUAUGCAGUGGUACAACGGUGAACUCCUGCACAUGGCAAAGGAGCUGGGCUACAAGCUUUUACCUGCCUUCAACACCACUAGUGGUCUCCCUUACCCAAGGGUUAACUUAAAAUUUGGUGUAAGACAUCCAGAAGCACGAACAGGAACAGAAACUGAUACCUGUACAGCUUGUGCUGGUACCUUGAUCCUUGAGUUUGCAGCUUUAAGCAGAUUCACAGGAACAGCUAUAUUUGAGGAAUAUGCCCGGAAAGCUCUUGAUUUUAUCUGGGAGAAGAGGCAGCGCAGCAGCAACUUAGUGGGUGUCACUAUCAACAUUCACACUGGAGACUGGGUCCGAAAAGAUAGUGGAGUGGGAGCAGGAAUAGAUUCCUAUUAUGAAUAUUUAUUAAAAGCCUAUGUCUUGCUGGGAGAUGACAGUUUCCUGGAAAGGUUUAACACGCACUAUGAUGCCAUAAUGAGAUACAUCAGCCAACCACCUCUUCUUCUUGAUGUUCAUAUUCAUAAACCCAUGCUAAAUGCUCGCACCUGGAUGGAUUCUUUGCUGGCUUUCUUCCCUGGUUUGCAGGUGUUGAAGGGCGAUAUUAGACCUGCAAUUGAAACUCAUGAGAUGCUUUAUCAGGUUAUAAAAAAGCAUAACUUUCUUCCAGAGGCAUUCACAACAGACUUCAGAGUUCACUGGGCUCAGCAUCCUCUAAGGCCUGAAUUUGCUGAAAGCACUUACUUCUUAUAUAAGGCUACGGGAGACCCUUACUAUCUAGAAGUAGGAAAAACCCUCAUUGAAAACUUGAACAAGUAUGCCAGAGUUCCUUGUGGGUUUGCUGCAAUGAAGGAUGUCCGCACGGGGAGUCAUGAAGACAGAAUGGACUCGUUCUUUCUGGCUGAGAUGUUUAAAUACCUGUACCUGCUGUUUGCUGACAAGGAAGACAUGAUUUUCGACAUUGAGGAUUAUAUCUUCACUACAGAAGCUCAUCUAUUACCACUUUGGCUCUCCACUACAAACCAAACCAUCUCCAAAAAAAACACAACCACAGAGUACACGGAGCUGGACGACAGCAACUUUGACUGGACCUGUCCCAACACCCAGAUUCUUUUCCCGAAUGACCCGAUGUUUGCUCAGAGCAUUCGUGAACCUCUGAAAAACGUGGUGGAUAAGAGCUGUCCCAGGGGUAUUUCCAGAGCAGAAGAGAGUUUGGGAAGUGGACCAAAACCACCGCUGAGAGCCAGAGAUUUCAUGGCCAGUAAUCCUGAGCACUUGGAGAUACUGAAGAAGAUGGGAGUCAGUUUGAUCCAUCUGAAAGAUGGACGGGUGCAAUUAGUGCAGCAUGCAGUGCAAGCAGCAAGUUCCCUGGAUGCUGAGGAUGGCUUACGGUUCAUGCAGGAGAUGAUUGAACUCUCCAGUCAGCAGCAGAAAGAGCAGCAGCUCCCUCCUCGUGCUGUUCAGAUUGUUUCCCAUCCCUUCUUUGGCAGGGUGGUCUUGACUGCUGGGCCAGCGCAAUUUGGGAUGGACUUAUCCAAACACAAAGCAGGGACAAGAGGAUUUGUUGCAACCAUUAAGCCAUAUAAUGGAUGCUCAGAGAUCACUAAUCCUGAGGCAGUGAAAGAGAAAAUUGCUCUGAUGCAGAGAGGCCAAUGUAUGUUUGCUGAAAAAGCACGAAACAUUCAGAAAGCUGGAGCCAUAGGAGGCAUUGUUAUUGAUGACAAUGAGGGCAGCAGCAGCGACACAGCUCCUCUCUUCCAAAUGGCUGGGGAUGGGAAGAAUACAGACGAUAUCACAAUUCCCAUGCUCUUCCUCUUCAACAAGGAAGGAAACAUUAUCCUGGAUGCAAUCCGGGAGUACGAGGCUGUGGAGGUGCUCCUGUCUGAUAAAGCAAAAGACAGAGCAACAAUCUUUAAAGGUAAAAUGAUUCCAAACUACAUUAUUGAUAGCAACUUGGAAAUGGAGAAUAUGGACCAGAAAUUAACUGAAAACGAUUCACAUAAACAGAAUGCAGAGGAAGCUGCUUCAGGAUCUCAGGAUGUUGGUGCAGCCAGUGAGGAGCCCGAGGAAGGAGGAGAGAGCUCAGAUGUUGCUGACCCUGGUUCUUUAUCUCCUGCUAACGCAGACAGUGCCAGUGUUCCCAUUUCACAUCAGGAUUCCUACGUCCCUGGGACCGAGGAGGCCGGUGCUCCAGAGCCAGCAUGUACAUCAGGGGAUAACCAGCCUCAGGAACAACAGACUGAGACAGAGUCAAAUUCCAAAGUUAACUGGGAUAAUAAAGUCACACCUAUGGAAUCCAUAUUAGCAGACUGGAAUGAAGAUAUAGAAGCAUUUGAAAUGAUGGAAAAGGAUGAGCUAUGACUUGUAAUAGUAACUUAUUUGUUAAUAAACAAAUGGAGACCUCUUUGGGUAGGAGUGAGGCCCUGAUAUCCAAGCAAACAUAUUCAGUAUUGUGAUGAGCAGCCAGGUGUCCCCUGGGGAACACCAGAGACCCCGCACGUGCUUUGUAUCUUUUAAUUCCUCCUGGUUCAAAAUGGGAACGUGCAAUCCAAGCCUUUGUGUGGCCCCACGGCUGGGGCUGGAGCCCAGGCAGGGAAGGAGCCGAUUCCUGCGUUCCAGGCUCCGGGAGGACACGCUCCCCUGGGCCCUGGGAAGCAGAAGCUGAGCACGGUUGGGUGACAAACCAGCACCGGUUAUCGACGGCGGCACUGGGAGCUCCCCUGGUGUCCUGCUGGACCCUCCCCAGCUGGAAUCCUGGGCAACAGCAGCAGGGGAAAUUGUUCCCAGUUGUUGUGUCUUUAAGGCACAGCUGGGAGCAGUUUGGUUUUGUCCUGACAUAUCAGACCCAGCAGUGUUGCUCAUCACCCCAUUCCACGAUGCCAUGGGAGUUUUCCCUCCUGCUCCCAUCCAAACCAAAGGCACUGUGUGAGCAGGUUCCACCAGGGACACUGAGCCAGCCGUGGGGCCCACCAGGAAAAGGUGAAGGAAGGUCAUGCUCGAGGCUGAGGUAAAGUGGACAAGGCAGAUGUUGAGUCCCAGGUGUUUCCUUUGGCCUCCCAGGUUGAAAGACUCCAGUCUGCCCUGAGAUAUGGAAUUGAAAUGGAGAGGACACAGAGCUACAUCAGCUGUAACAAAUCCUUCCUUUUUCUACAAGUUUGACUUCUAACAGCUUGACUUUGUUGUCGUUCUUUUUAUAUGCAACUUCUGUAUGUGUGAUAUUUAAGGCAGGGAGGCCAAUGCCAGUAGGGAAGUGCAACAAUUUGGGCUGUUGGGUCGAUAGUUCAGAGCCCAGGGAUGUUACUCCGGGCUCUGGAGUUUGUUACAGGUGAGUCCUAAUUUGUUAUCCCCAUUGUGAAAAACUAUUUAAAUAAAAAUGGGGAAGUUUAAACAACGUAGAGACAUUUUGACUGUGUCCAAAGAAACUGCCAAAAACAAAUUAACUUGAUUUAUAUAAACUGCUUUUAGUGAAUUGUGGUUUAAGGAAUUGUUUUAUAUAAAAGACUAAAUGAACACUGCCUAUAUGCUGCACCAGGCUAAAAAUGAAGGGUUACAUUCGUGGUUACGAUGGAAUAAACAAAAAAGAAAGCCCCACUCUGAACUGCACCUUUGAUUUAACUGGUGAAAUUAUAUGUGCUGAAUAUGCAACUGUUAAUUAGCACAGCCAUACUGUAUGUAUUAAUACUCCUGUACAGUGAGCAGAGCAAUCCCAGGCAAUGUUGUAUCCAUGUAUCCAAGCCACCCUUGCUUUCAAGAGUCUCACAAUGCACAGGCACCUUCUGAGAGCAUGGCAGUCCAUCCAGGGAUCAUCCAUAACUUCACGUUUCUAGGGUAGGAGGGAGCUGAGGAAGAUAAGUGAAAAAGUGUCCUUUGAAAUUUUAAAUGUAGUUCUAAUUCCUUUGCACAAAUACCUGGAGGUUUGGAGUGGAGAGCAGGGCUUGAAGCAGCUGGGGUUUUCAGUUGGGAAUGUUUUUAUUUAUGCUUUUAGUUACACGAGUUUCUUAUGUGAAGCAUUUGACCAUGGGAGCCUUGUAAGUGUCCUUGGUUCCCUGGAGCCCUGGAAGUGCCUGGGCUUGAAGGGACCUGACCAGGACCAAACCCAUCAGGGUGCAGAUCAAACGUUUUCCCUCGGAUAAUUCCUUUGAUCUGUCAGUGCUUAGUGCCACAAAGGAGCAUUUCUGUUCCCGUGCUCUUUGACAUGGACAUCAUCUUCAUUCUUGUAGCUCUUUUGGUGACAGUAGUUAUUUUUAUAUCUCAGAGGCCUCUGGUUGUUACUCUGUCAAUACAGCAGCUCAAGCUUUUCUUUUUUUACUUGCAGAUUUAGGUGUAGAUGUCAAAUUUUAUGAAAACAUUAACUUCCCUUGCCAUCACCAGCUCCUUUUUAUUUAACUGCUUUCUCUGCACCUAUUGCUAAAGCAGCAGAUGUUACCUUGUAAGGGAUUUCCAGUGAUCCCAGAACUCCCGGUGGAUUUGACGCAGCGUUUUGGUGGUGGCCUACCUCAGAUAACUGUUGCCUCCUUCCUUUUGGGUUGGUGUUUUUCUUGUUUCAGUUAGUUCUACUUUCCCUUUGAAACCAUCAUGAGAGCCAUAGCUUUGUUUACAGAACUGAAUCAGGGAAGGUUGACCUUUUGGAAAAGAGGAUUAAAUUGGGGAAGAGUUUUAUUCAGGUUAUUUUCACUUUGUAUUUCCUUACAAGGACAUAGGCUUUAGUUUAACCUGUUCAUAUCAGCCUGGAAAUAAGUCAGUUUUCUGUUACUGUCAUCUUAAAAAGCAAAAAGAAUGUAUUUAUCAAAAAAAAAAAACCCUUUUGGAGAAGGGAGCGAGUGUUCUUCCCAAAUUCUUGGAAGGCUGCUCCCUUCGUAAGGAAUGUUGCUCGUACAUUAAUCAGUAACUGCCCUUCCUUGUGUAUAGCAUUGUACAUUUAUUUGUAUGGGAUUGAACACUGAAGAAUUCAGGAAUCACAGCUGAAACUAGCACUUAUUCCAUGCCAUGUAAUUCAGAUCAGCCAAUUAAUUUCUUAUUUGAUCUUAAAGGAAUCUUAAUCGUUUACAUUUAUUGUUUCUUAAUGAAGUUUCAGAAUGAGCCCAGCUUUGGUUCUCCUCCUCCUGCCAGUGUACCUGAACAGGCACCAGUAAGGGUGUGUUGAGAGGUUGAAAACAGGACAUCUUAUGCAACAGGCAUCAGUCAGAAUAUAGAAAACAAACCAUUCUGUGAAUGAAAUAUUGUAUGUUCAGAUUUUAUAAGAUUUCGGUUUCGUUUUUUUAGCCAGCCCAAUUUACAGCAGUAUAUUUUCUUAUGAAAGAUGUCUAAUAACAGGUGCUGUAACACUAUUGUUGGGUUUUACUCUCUGGUGAUAUGUGUAUACAAUAUUUCUAAGGGCAACUAUGUACUGUGAUGUAAAAGUCUGGGCUAAAAUGUAUAUAAUCCAUGUACAUACUUGUGUACUUGAUUAUAACUGCUGAUUGUAAAGAUUUAAUAAAAUGUAAAUAUUCUGGUCAA